AUGCCAGAUGACAGUGGCGGCCACGGUGGUGGUGGUGGCGGCUAUGAUAUCUCCGGUGGCGGAGGUGUCUAUAGUGGCUCCAUUGGAGGACGUGGUUAUGGUGGCUCCAGUGGCGGAGGCGGUUAUGGUGGCUCCAGUGGCGGAGGCGGCUAUGGUAGCUCUAGUGGCGGAAGUGGCUAUUCUGGCUCCAGUGACGGAGGCGGCUAUGGUGGCUAUGAUAGCUCCGGUGGCGACGGCGGUCAUGGUGCCUCCAGUGGCGGAGGCGGCUAUGGUAGCUCCAGUGGCGGAGGCGUCUAUGGUGGUUCCAGUGGUGGAGGUGGCUAUGGUGGCUAUGAUAGCUCCGGUGGCGACGGCGGUCAUGGUGCCUCCAGUGGCGGAGGCGGCUACGGUAGCUCCGAUGGAGGUUAUGGAAAAUAUAUGUAA